AGCAGCGCCGCCACAAAGGAUCUCUGCUCUCCUCUCGGUUCCUGCGUCCGCGCCUUCACAUGCUCGUGCUCGGCGGCACCAUGCGCGCCGCCUCCUCGGUCCUGCUCUCGGUGCUCCUCGCCGGGUUCGCGUCGACCUCUUCGGACGUGUUUGACAACCAACUGGGCGACAUCAAUUACUGCAAAAAGCAAUGCCAGCUGACCAUCAAAAACAAAAGCCCCGCCAAAGACUCUAUCAUGAACGCCUGUCACCGCGGCUGCCGUCUCUACUCCAUCUGCCAGUUUGUCAAUGGUGACGCCGGCUUCAACAGCAGCAGGCAGGAGUGUCAGGGAGCCUGCCAGGAGGCCUACAUGAAGCUGCUGGAGCAGGAGGCCUGCAGCACUGGCUGUGCCAGCCAACCGUCCGAACCCGAGAUCCAGAGGAGGAAGCUGAAGGCCAUGACGCUCCGCCCAAAGCAUCCCACUGUCAUGGAGGCAGUGUCCAGUUGGUGCAAUGACAUCGUCAGCUCUGCUCAGAGCUUCAUCUCUUCCACCUGGACCUUCUACCUGCAGGCUGAUGAUGGAAAAGUUGUUGUUUUUCAGAGUCAGCCGGAGAUGGAAAACUCUCUGCCCGAGCUGCAGGCUCCUCCAUCCAGUGUGGAUGAUGACCCUUUGCCUCACGUCAACUCUCACACUCAGAGACCCCAUGGAGUUAAAGGUCAUGGAGACAGGGGAGCGUCCAAAGUAGGAGGCAAAGGGAAGCACCCUGUGCAGCACGCAGACGACCCAACGGAGGAGAAUGACUUUCUCGGCUGUAUGUCCAGACGUUCUGGUCUUCCACGCUGGAUUUUAGCCGUGUGUCUCUUCCUGUCCAUUAUGGCCAUGCUGUGGCUCACCUGUGCCACCUUAGUCACUGCACCCCCGGACCACUACAGUUCAUACGGUGCCUACAGACAUAUGAGUAAGCAAGACGACAAAAAGUUUCUCCUGUCCACCGUUAAAGCCAACCCAUUUCUGGAUGAUGUCACCCGAAAAAAACCUGACAAUGGAUGAUGUAAUUACUAUUAUAAGAGUAACAUCUCGAAAGACAACCCGGACUACCAGAACCUUAUGGCUGCUUUCACCAUGUUACAAGCGGAUGAGAGGGAGGAGGCGGGGAUGCUGCCUGUCAAAGUUGACCUGAACAACACGCGUGUUUAGAAAGGAUGAGAGGGAGAACAGCUGUCUGGUUUCCCACAGUCACCGUGUCUACAGUGGACUGUUAGUGAAAGCAGUGAUGCCAACAUAACACA